AUGCUUCCACCACCUUUAGUACCAUACAAUACUGCAGAUGAGCUUUUCCAAAGUGUUCAACAAUUCGCAAACUCACAAGGUUAUGCAUUAGUAAAAAAAAGAACUCGUAAAGAUAGACAUGACCUAUUGCAGCCUCUUUUGCAGAACAUAAAGGAAAGAUAUCAAGAAUGGCCUGAACAUCAACAAACAGCUGCCAGAGAAACAUUAAAUAAUAUGAUUGAUUCUCCAAUAAUGACUCUGCAAAAUCCUCAAGUAGUUCGUACUAAAGGACGUCCUCCUGGUGCUCCAAAUAAUCAACAAACCAAUACUACAAGAAGAGAACCUUCUGGAUUUGAAUUUGUUGAACCCAGAACAAAGCAGUGUUCUAUUUGUAAACAGUCUGGGCACAAUGCACGUACUUGUCUAAAUAGAAGUAGUACAGAAUAA